AUGGAGCCGGGGCUGUGGCUCCUUUUCGGCCUCACAGUGAUCUCCGCCGCAGGAUUCGUGCCUCGCCCCCAGCCUGGGGACGCUGGCAGGAGCUGCGUGCCCCAGGCCCCCCCUGCAGCCAGAUCUGAGGGGCACGGCGAAGGGACCUUGGUGGCUGGCCCUGGUGAGGGGACUGAGGCCCCGACCGCAGUGCAGGGGCCGAGCCCUGGAAGCCCUGGGCAGGAGCCGGGGCCACAGCAGUCUGGGGAGCAGACGGCCAAGGGGAGGCAGGAACACCACCGACCCAGGCGCUGCACGUGUUUUACCUACAAGGACAAGGAGUGUGUCUACUAUUGCCACCUGGACAUCAUCUGGAUCAACACUCCUGAACGAACUGUGCCCUAUGGACUGGGACUGUCUAACUACAGAGGAAGCUUCCGGGGCAAGAGGGCCGUGGGGCCAUUUGCGGGGGGCCCUCAGCCCUCAAAGUGGACACACUUGCGCUGCACUUGUGUGGGGAGAGAUGACAAGGCCUGCCUGCGCUUCUGCACCCAGACCCUGGAUGUCAGCAGUAAUUCAAGGACAGCAGAAAAACCAGACAAAGAAGAGGAAGAGAAGGCAAGAGGGCCCACCCGAGGCCUGCGUCAAAGGAGGCUGAAGUCAAGGACAGACACAGCAAGUAGACUUUAG